AUGUUUCCAAGAAGGUCGGACGAAUCUCUCGACGAAGAACACCUGCUACCCGUCGCGAGAGAAAAAAGACACGACCAAUCGCGGCAGGCUCGCAGGCGCUCCUCAAAAUCUCAAUGUUUCGUGCUUUCCAUUGCCUUGAAUAUCGUUUUGUGCAUUUACGGCACGUCCAUAUGGGUCUUUUCGAUUCGAAAAGCUUGGGGACCCUAUAUUCCCAAUGAAAUUUAUUCUCCUGCGUACUCUGCUGUCGAAUACGAGACGGUCGUCUUCACCGGAGGCUUGCAUGGCGAUAAAUCAGAGUAUCAAGGGUGGUCCGACGAAGUGAACGCGCGAUGGGAGGCAUUGUACAACGAUAUCGGCAUUUCACAGAUUCCCGCGGACUCAGCUGCUCGCCUCCCCAACGCUACGACACCAAUCGCAAGCGACCCGACACAGUACAUGGUCGAGCUCGACGUCUUUCACCAGCUGCACUGUCUAAACCUCUUGCGCAAACUUGCAUACCCCGAUGUUUUCCCUCUAGACCUGACGCCGGGCUCGGAAGAGGCUCAGGACAACAUCUAUCACAUGGAGCACUGCUAUGAUCAGUUGCGACAGUCGCUACAAUGCUCGUCUGACAUCAGUACCAUCUAUUGGGAGUGGAGCCCGAAGAAGAGCAAGAUGUUCGGGAACCUGCGCACGACACAUACGUGCAAGAACUUUGCCAAGAUCCGGGAAUGGGCCGUGGAACAUAGACUCAGGGAGGAGUUUGACUGGUUCAAGAAGGUUCGAGGAGCCCCGAUUAGACACUCUGAGUAG